CCAAAUCCUCUCUUUUACUUUGUGCCGUUCAUUCUCUUGCGUCGUUGCCUCGUUGCGUCGUUGCAUCGUUGCAUUGACGGUGCUUUGCUGUUGCUGCUGCUGCUACCCCUACCAUCUACUACACCAGUACUACUCUGCUACUACUCUACUACUCUACUACUCUACUACUCUACCACUACUAUCUACUACUAUCUACUAUCCACCAUGGACCCAGACUCUCUCCUCGCAGACCUCGCCUCCCUCCACUCUCAAAUCACCUCCCUCACAGCAUCCCUCCUCAAGCUCUCGACCGACAACGAGUCCGCCCGCAGCCAACUCGCCGCCCGCAUCCACUCCGCCCUCCGUGCCGCAGACGCCUUAGCCGAGCGCGCCGACACCCUCCUCCUCGACCCGGCUGCUUCUAAAGAUCUCUCUACCAGACUCUAUGAAUUAAAAGAGGAUCUUAAACUUGACCGCUCCGCCUACCGCAAAGCACAGCUCGCAUCCCGCAAAUCCACCCUCGCCCGCCAACGACAAGAACGCGACCUCCUCUUCUCCUCCCCCCGCUCCUCCUCCUCCUCCUCCACUCCCACCCCCUCGCAACCCCGCUCCCUGCGCGCAGCCGAAGAUGCAACCCAAUCCCUCCGCCGGACACACACCCUUCUCGAGGCCGAAAUCGCCCGCUCCUCGCUCUCCCUCGACGUCCUCGACUCCUCAAACGCCACCCUCCGCAAACUAGAGCGCCAGUACUCUGCCUUCGACGUCGUCCUCGGCGCGUCGAGAAAGGUUAUUGCUGUGCUCGAGCAGGCGGAUAAAUGGGACAGGAUAUAUAUGCUUGCUUCCCUGGCUUUCUUGCUGGUGGUUGUGACGUGGGUGCUGUGGAGGAGAGUGCUGAAGGGGCCGGUGAAGUUGAUCUUGUGGACUGCUGUUCAUGGAGGGAAGGCUGUUUCUUGGGCUAUCUCAAGGAACUCCACUGAUGAGUCUAUAUCUCCCUCUGCAUUCACAUCCGCAGACGAUCCUCUCUCUCCCUCUCUCUCUCCAUCUCCUACUCCCCUUCGCGAUGAACUGUAACUACUCUAACAACAACGGCUACAUCAUAUUAUAUACUGAGCAAUCAGCAAUGACAGAUACUCAUGACAGCCACAGAUAAGUAAAAGAAGAAGACAAUUGAUUGAAUAAUCACUAUAUAUACAUAAACAUCUCACCAGAAAACUCCAACAUUAGAAGAUAGAAGAGAAAUUGAUUGCUUUUAUACUACUCGUAGCACUACCUUACUCCUCCUUGGGGAGCGAAGU